AUGGGCAAACCUCCUAGAUACGAGACAGGAAGCGAUAGAUAUGAUAAUCCAGGUGGAAGAAUAAAAGCAAUAAAAACGUGGGAUGACAUUGAACACGAUUCUGAAGACGAAUUUCACGCCGGAAGAGAAAAGAUCUUACUAGACACGUAUGAGGAUCAAGACUAUGGUAUUGCUGAUGAGAAGUUUGAUGAAACCGAGUUAUCAGAGGAAGAAGUAUUUGCACUGGAGACUGGAGGUACUUCCGAGGAUGAUGAUAAAGGUGGGGAAUUCGGUGAAGAUUCGGAAACUUCAAGUGGAGAAGGUUCAAAUUUGGAUGCGACUUGGGGUAGUCGCAAAAAAUAUUAUUACGACGCCGAUGAAGUCGACGAUUUGGAAGAAGCAAGGGAGGAAGAGAAAGAAGCAUUGAGAUUACAGAAAAAAAGAAUCAAUCAAAUGAGCGAAGAAGACUUUUUGGAGCACGGAGAGUUAUCAGGAUUUAAAGUGAGUGACAAAACUCGUAAGGAUGAAAUCGACGGAGAUUUUCGCCAAAUUCUUCUCGACAGGAACUUACGAGAACAUCCUGUAAUUAAUGCGCUCGUUGAAUUGAAAGUUACUUUGGACAAAUUGGACAAAUUGGAGCUGAGCGUUGGGAGUCUCAUUAAGACAUUUAUAGACGACCUUGAUCAAACGGACGAAGUUUCUACAAAUAUUGAGGUCGAAAAAAUGGAUAAGGGAGAACAAGAGGAAGAACCACAAUCAUUAGUUUACGAUAAAGAUGAAGAAAUUUCGCAAGUACAACCGACACUUGUAGUCGAAGAAGAAUUUGUCAGUUUUAAAAAACCAUCGAACAAGAGAAAACUGGAAUCCACGGACUUUGGUGAUCUUGACACUUUGGACGACGUUGAUGCAGAAGAUAAAGCACAGAGAAGGAAAUCCUUAAGGCAUUACGUUGCAAGAAUUGAUCAGAAACUGGUAAAGCAUGACAGAGCAAUACUUCAGAGCGGAGAUGUCGACGUCCCUUACAAAGAUCCAAAUAAUUCUAAAAAUAACAAAAUACCUGGAAAUAAGGAAGAAAAUGAUGCAGAUUUGGAUGAUCAAUAUUUGAAUGAUGAUAUAAAUGCGGCUAUUGAUAUCGGUAGUGAAGAUGAUUUCUAUAAAGCCGUGAAAAAUGCCAAGAAAGCAGCGAAGGAAAAGACAAUUCAGUCCGAGAAAUCAGAGAUUAUUUAUGAAGAUGAAACUCUUCCCGAUGGUGCCAAACGUCAAAUCAACUACCAGAUUCUUAAGAAUAAAGGUCUUACCCCUCGUCGCAAGAAAGAACAGCGAAACCCACGUGUCAAACAUCGAAGUAAAUAUGAGAAGGCAAAGAAAAAGAUUAAAAGUUUCAAGCGUGUGUUUACACAACUGGAAGGUUCCUACGGAGGUGAGAAGACAGGUAUCAAAACGGACUUGUCUAGGAGCAUUAGAUUUCAUUGA